AGCGCUGCCAAGAAGGGCUUCCCGGUCCUUGAAAGCCUCGACGGGAGCAGCGGCGGUCGCCUUGGAAGGGUGGUUGGAAAGAAGCUGCUGCGGCUCGCUCGCUGCAACUGCAGCCCAUGGAGGAAGGAACCAGAGCUGAGACUCAGCCUUUGCUGCCUCCCGCGGCUCCCGGCUCUUUCCGGGAGCUGAAUCGCCUCUACUCGGGCAGGGACAACAGAGGCCGGGGAGAGGAUGGACGCCGCGGUGGGACUGCGGCCUCGUUACCUUGUGCUGGCAGGAACGUUACUGAUGACCAGAAUCUCUACAUCAAGCAAGCUGUAGUGUUUAUUGAAGACGCAAUUCAGUAUCGUUCCAUAUAUCAUCGUGUGGACUCUGAUUCCUUGUGGCUUUAUCGGUGGUAUUAUUCAAGAAUUUGCCAAUGGAUUUUGAAUGUCACCAUUACGCUAAUCUUAGUGCUUGCUUUUAUUGAACUUCCUUCAUCACUUACAAUCACAUCAGAUGUACGAUACCGCUUGAAAGCCUGGGAGCCUCCUUGUGGCCUUACUGAAAGCAUUGAAGUGCUCUGUUUCCUUGUUUUUAUAGUGGACGUCUCUGUAAAGAGUUAUCUAAUGGGAUGGGAAGAAUUUCGGAAAACAAAGUGGCUGAUGGCAUAUAUUGUGGUGCUAACUGUCUCACUUGCAGACUGGACUGCCUCAUUAUGUCUUUCCUGUGGCGAGACUCUGAGAAUAAGACGAAUCCUACGGCCUUUCUUUCUCCUUCAGAACUCUUCAAUGAUGAAAAAGACACUAAAAAGCAUCAAGAGUACUCUGUCAGGAAUGGGAAGUGUUGGGCUGCUCUUAGGUCUUCACCUGUUUCUGUUUACCAUGUUUGGUAUGCUGCUGUUUUCUCGAACUCAGGAUAGUCAACUGGACAAGGAAUGGCAGGGAUAUUUUCAUAGUUUUCCAGAGUCAUCGACUUCAUUACUAGUACUGUUGACAACUGCCAAUAAUCCAGAUGUGAUGAUUUCUGCGUAUUCUAAGAAUCGAGCUUAUUGCAUCUUCUUUAUACUCUUCACUGUGAUUGGGAACUUGGUUCUGAUGAACUUGCUGACGGCAAUAACAUACAAUCAAUUUCGUGGCUAUCUUCUGAAAUCAAUUCAGACCUCACUGUUCAGGAGACGUUUAGGAAUCAGGGCUGCGUUUGAAGUUCUUUGCUUCCUGAAAGGGACUGCUGUCAAUAGUGACGACUUGUGUGUCCCAAUAGAGACCCUUUUACGAGUGCUGCAAAAAGUAGAAAUGGAUUCCUACUGUAAGAAAGCAAUCAUUGGGACUCUUAAGUCAUGUCCUCAUGGAGGACUCACAUCUGCCCAGUUUCAGUCACUCUUUGAUGCACUUGACCGAGAAUCAGUUAAGGAGCAUCCUCCAAAACCAGAUUAUGAGUCACCUUUUCUACAAAGAGUCCAGUCUGUCUUCAGUCAUUGUUACUUUGACUAUUUAGGAAAUGCCGUAGCUCUUGCAAACAUAAUCUCUGUAUGCGUUGUCUUGAUAACAGAUGCAGAUAAGCCACCAUCUGACCGGGAUGACUUCUUUUUAGGGGCUAUAAACUGUUUCUUCAUUCUCUGCUACCUGCUGGAAAUGUUGUUGAAAAUACUGGCAUUGGGAUUAAAAAGAUAUUUAUCUUACUCACGGAACAUCUUUGAUGGACUUCUGACUAUAGUUCUAAUGGUUUUGGAAGUGUCAACGUUUGCUGUGUAUGGAUUUCCUCAUCCAGGCUGGAGACCUGAAAUGCAGGGCUUGUUGUCUCUGUGGGACAUGGUACGCCUGGCAAACAUGCUAAUUGUGUUCAGAUUUCUGCGAAUCAUUGCCAACAUGCAGUUCAUGUCUUUAGUUGUCAGUACACUGAUUGAUCUGGUGAAGAAUUUAAGAGCCUUUGCUGGGAUCUUGGUGGUGAUUUUCUAUAUAUUUGCACUAAUUGGCAUGGCACUCUUUAAGGGGGCUGUUGUUCCUGUGGGAAAUGUCAGUGCUGUGAACAUGACAUCUAGUAACACCACCUUCCAGUGUGGCACUUUUGAACAACUGGAGUAUUGGCCGAACAACUUUGAUGACUUUGCUGCAGCAGUGGUGACUCUGUGGGAUGUGAUGAUUGUGAAUAACUGGCAAGUUUUUUUGGAUGCAUAUUCCAGAUAUACAUCUCCAUGGUCAAAAUGGUACUUUAUUGCCUGGUGGCUGAUUUCCUCUGUCAUGUGGGUCAAUUUGUUCAUUGCAUUACUUCUGGAGAAUUUUAUUCACAAAUGGGAUCGUCGCAGCCAUCAGCCAUCUCUCUCAGAAUCUGAAUACCAAACAACCGUGGAACUCCUGUUUAGGGAUGUUUUGGAAGAACCUACAGAGGAAGAGCUGAUUGAAACACUUUAUCAGCAUCCACAUAUGGAUCUACAUAGGUGAUCCCAUGGAUUUACCACAAUUGAUUUUUGCCCCAUCUCUGCAGGUUUUACAGCUGAGUGAAAGACACUGCAAGCCUUUUUUGAAAGAAAUGUUUCAUCAUUUACUUUAGUUUUGAAUGUUGCCUGCAAUAUAAGAUCUUUAAAGAGCAACAUCUUUUCAUUUAAAAAAAGGUUUGUAAUUUGAAUAUGAUUUUAUUUCAACUUUUAAUGGGACCAUGGCACUGUCACUUCAAAAGUCUGGAAGACAAAUUGACAGAGUAAUUAUUUUUAAGGUAGGGAAAUGUAUGACAAUUACAUUGCACUUUACAGUGGACAGUAUGGAACCACUACAUUGGCUUAUUGCUAAUAUCUUUUUUUUUUAAUGGUAAAUAACUCAGCUGACUUUUCUGGCAUUUGUUGUAUGCUGUGCCAAGAACAGUGCCUUAAAAUUCAAUAUAUUUUGUCAUAUUCAGGUGAUUUUUUUAAUAGCAAGAAGAGUUUUUAUGCUUAAUUUUGGAAUUGAAAUAAGAGGCAGUCAUCCUGAUAAUACUGUACCAUAUGCUCCAAAGUGGCCUAUAGUUAGCAUGAAGGAUAAUUACAAUCAUCAUAGCCUUGAACUCAAGUACUACUCUUGUUUUCAUUGUUUGGGACUAUUUUGAAUUAAAUGAUUGGAAGAUUGCAGAGCUGUGGUCAUUGGAGAUGUACAGCCUUAAUUCAUUUCAGUGAAUGUUAUACAAUCCUUGCCCAUGCCUUAUUGAAAUGAUUAGCAGCUGUACAGUUGUAGAGUUUAGAGUUUAGGGGAUUGUGGUUAUACAUUGCAUACUCAGCUGUCUUGAUGUAACAAGGCAAGUAUGUGUAUGGAAAGCAGGCUUGUUUGCACAGUUGCCAUUGCAGGUUUGUGAACCAUGCAUACAAACUGGAUGCACACCUGAGAAAUGUCUGCAUCGCAGUCAAUACACACUUGGAUUUGAGAUAUCCAGUACGAGUGCCCUUUUGCAGUGCACUGUUUCUGUGAGGAUGUGCCUCUUUUUUUGAGGGCAAUACACAUCCAUGUUUACUAUUCUGGACCACUAAUCAUGUGCAGCACCUUGUUGAGUGUGACUCUAGUUUGGAGCCACUAUGAUUUUUAUCAGGCCAGUGGAUUAUUUUAUAUGGGGGUGGGGGGAGUGUGUUUUUUUCUUACUAGUUGGAUAAAUUAUUUUAUGCUCCAGAGGAAGCAUUGUGUGUUGGUGGACUAAUUUGCAAUUGUAGUCUUCUGCUGGAAUUGUGCCUGCCAGCUUUAUCAAUCUGCUGUGCCUUUGGAAUUUGGUUAGGUCUAGAAAAUUACUUAUAUGACCUUCAGGCUUUUUAGAACUGUAAUUUCCAUCUAAAACCACACAAAGAUACUUUGAGUUAUCAUCCAUGCAAUCGCUGACCAGGUAUCAAAUCUCAUUAGACAUGUAACAUUUUAGAGCCAUAUUUUUAGAGAAGCUUUGGCCCAGGUGAAUCUGUGCCAUUCAUCCAGUGCUUAGUAAACUCUCCAGAGUUUUUUAAAAAAUCUAAUUUACAUUUUAUUUGUCCAACUUCUGUUUUGAGUAUUAUGUCUUUUUACUUGAAUCUUUAUCAUGCUUUUUAAGUACAACAAAUAUUCCCCUGUAUUCACCCCAACAGGUGGUUAUCUUGUCCUUUUAAGUCCCGGUGGGUUUUUUUUGCAGUGGUGCCUUUUGGUCAGUAUAGUUUGCCUUGUCUACCAAUGCAAUAUAAAUUCCAUUCACUUGGGCCCUGGGACCUUUUUAAAUAGAGAAACCACUAAAUAUAGUUUAUAUUUUAUGAACAAUGUAUUGAAUUGAAUGUGUUCAAUAAGAGACUGUAAACUGUAUCAGUACAAUUCUUGUAUUAAGAGCACAGAUAUUUGAAUGUAAUUAUUGUGAAUAUAUUAAAGU